CCGCGUUCUGCUCGGGGAGGGGAGAGAAAAGAAGGUGGAGGCGAAUGAGGGUGAUAGAUAGAUAAGACGAGACAACACCCUAAACCGGUUUAAAGUAUAUUCCCAGCGGCUGUGUUAGUGCUUGAGACCACGACCAUGCGAAUGCAACGGGUCGUGCAGAAUUUAGGCCCAAAAGUUCGGAGCAGCGCAGAGCCAUGCGUGCGCCUUUGUUUGUUUUGCGCGUUUCUAAGCGAUGAUAAAGUGAAUUCGGGUAGUGUUUGAGGAAGCAGCCCUUAGAGUUUGCUCGCACAGGGUCUGGAUGUAGCUGAUUGGAGUAGCAACAGUCAGAGUGGGUGAUCAAAGGGAGCAGGGUAGACACUCUGAAGUGGGUUUUCUACGUGUGUGUGAUUCUUCAGCGGCCAUGUUAACCAAGAAACCCUGCGCUGCUGCUGCUGUCUACCCGACUGGCAAAGGGGGUGAGAUUUGCCAGCUAAAGGCUUCCCCCGGACUGGGCAUCGGCUGUCCCCGGGUUGGAGCAGGGACUGAAGCCACAUCACCUGUCACAUUACCCCCUCUCAGGAACAGCAGUUCUCUCACGGCUGGAGGCAAUAAGCACACAAUGAACGACCAUCUGCACGUUGGAAAUCACCAGCAGAUCCACGUUCAACAGCUGUUCGAGGAGAACAGCAACAAACGGACAGUGUUGACUGCACAACCCAAUGGGUUGACUCCUGUGGGUAGGGCGGGUUUACCCAUGCCUGAGAAGCAGCAAGAAAGCAGCCAAUGUCGACAAGGCAGCUCAACCUCCAUCAAAUCAACUGAAAGCAAACCAAAGCCAGCACCCUUGACUCCUGAGCAGGCCAUGAAACAGUACAUGUCUAAAUUGACAGUAUUUGAACACCAGGAGAUCUUCAGCUACACUGAAAUAUAUUUUAUUGGUCCAAAUGCAAAGAAACGACAAGGUGUAGUUGGUGGUUCAAACAAUGGAGGUUAUGAUGACGAUCAGGGCUCCUACAUUCAUGUACCCCAUGACCAUCUAGCAUAUAGGUAUGAGGUACUAAAGGUCAUUGGUAAGGGCAGCUUUGGCCAGGUGGUGAAGGCCUAUGACCAUAAGAACCACCAGCAGGUGGCCUUGAAAAUGGUCCGGAAUGAGAAGCGAUUCCACCGCCAAGCAGCCGAGGAAAUUCGCAUCCUGGAGCACUUAUGCAAGCAGGAUAAGGACUCCACUAUGAAUGUCAUCCACAUGCUGGAGAACUUUACAUUCCGCAACCAUAUCUGCAUGACGUUCGAGUUGCUCAGUAUGAACCUUUAUGAGCUCAUCAAGAAAAACAAGUUUCAGGGCUUUAGUUUGCCACUAGUGCGCAAGUUUGCACACUCCAUCUUGCAGUGUCUUGACUCCCUGCACAAGAACAGAAUUAUUCACUGCGACCUCAAGCCUGAGAAUAUCCUCCUGAAGCAGCAGGGGCGCAGCGGGAUAAAAGUGAUAGACUUUGGCUCCAGCUGCUACGAGCAUCAGCGGGUCUACACUUACAUCCAGUCACGAUUCUACAGGGCCCCAGAGGUCAUUAUUGGCGCUCGGUACGGAAUGCCAAUUGAUAUGUGGAGCUUAGGUUGUAUCUUAGCGGAAUUACUUACAGGGUACCCUCUCUUGCCUGGAGAAGAUGAAGGGGACCAACUAGCAUGUGUCAUAGAGCUGCUGGGUAUGCCCUCCCAGAAGCUACAGGAUUCAUCUAAGAGAGCCAAAAAUUUUAUCAGCUCUAAGGGAUACCCCCGCUACUGCACAGUCACAUCCUUACCUGAUGGCUCUGUGGUGUUAAAUGGGGGAAGGUCACGCAGGGGCAAACUCAGAGGUCCACCAGGAAGCAGGGACUGGGUAACAGCACUUAAGGGCUGUGAUGACCCGCUCUUCUUGGACUUUCUCAAACAGUGUCUAGAGUGGGACACAUCCCUGCGUAUGACCCCUAGUCAGGCCCUCCGCCACCCAUGGCUCAGAAGACGCUUGCCAAAACCUCCCACUGGGGAGAAAACCACUGUAAAGCGGAUCAUUGAGGGUACUGGUGCUAUUUCGUCCAUCUCCAAAUUACCUCCCCCUUCUGGCUCAGCCACAAAGUUAAGGACUAACCUGGCACAAAUUACUGAUGCAAAUGGGAAUAUACAACAAAGGACAGUGUUGCCAAAAUUAGUCAGUUGAACUGUAAUUUAUUUUUUCUUUUAAAUGGGGAUUUUGGAAAUUGUGCAAACUGAGCUUUCAGAAGUGUGGCAUUUCUAGGUAUAGAGGUUUAAUUUAUAUCCACCAGCUAUGAACUGAUUUGUAGCACCUCUUUGUUGGAUUUAUUUUCUAGAAACUUUAAAAUGGCCAAGAAAGGGGGAACAACACUUUAAGUUUUUAUCUCAGGGCUGUGUAGAAUGCUGCUUUGAGGGAGCAUUUAUACAAUCUGGUCUAUAAGAACACAAAGUCCCACAUGGUUUAAUACAUGCAUCUUGUAGCAUAAGAAGCAAAUGGCCUUGCCACAAUGAAGUAAUGGACAUUGUUGUGUUUGCUUCUGAAAUUUUAAUCACAACACUAUGAUCCUGUCAGAUAAAUAGCAUGUUAAUGGAUGAGGAUUAAAAUGCAUUUACUAAUGCAUAUCUGAGGCCUGUUUCAUUUUCCAGCAUUGCUUUCAAAAUCAAGAUGAUAAUUUAUUAACAUUUUAAGAGACUAUGGUAAGAAAAUCAGGUCAUAAUGGAGAAGUAGAUGUUGCAGACUGUUAUGAGGUAGCAGAGGGAAACAAUGUUUACAUGAUAGACUUGGUAUGUGCCUAUAAAUCUCUUGACAUUCCUUAAGAAAAGAAAUUAGGAAAAGAGAGUACACUAAAAUGGACUGAUGGCAAGUUUAAAGGAAUUUAUGUGGUUUGCCUGAGAGGAUACCGUUGUCGGCAGUAAUUGACAUGUGUAUGUUUUUGUUAUUGUAUAAGCUAUUCUCUGGAAGAGUUCCUUUUGAACAUGUACUGUCCUUGAAGGAAAAAACUUUGGUGCUUUGCCUUUUAUUAUUUAUAAAGUAUUUUUAUUGCUUGAAACGUAACACUCAUGGAACAAAACAGUGUUGUUUAAUUGUUUUAAGUGAAGACUGGUAGCCACGUAAGUUAAGUUUGCAGGUUAGAGUCUUGAAUCUUGAAUUGCUUUUCCUAUCAUAUCUGAAAUUAAUAAUUUUUUGCAGUGACUAGAUUGACUUGGAUUUAUAUCAUAGGAAGGACACUACAUUUUCUUACAUGUGAGCAAAUAUUGAUGCAAUUUUAACAUAUAUAUGAGAUGGUCAAGGCUAUGGCCGAAUGUGACUUUUGAAUACAUUUUUGAAGCAAAUGUUUUAACCACUGAGACAAGGCAGUUGUUAAUGUUACAUACUCCGAUUAAUAUGUAAUGAUUGUACAACCCAAUCUCAUGGAAAGUCAUACAGAAUUUAUUUAUUUACAGAAGCAAGUAAUUGUCGCAUAUUAGAAUGGAACGAUGUCUAGCGACAUCAUUGGCUGUAGUGAAAGUUGUUGGAAUUAGACAUACAAGUUAGCCAAAUGUACAAAUGUCGUACGAAUCCUGACGAUUUCGCCUUGAAAGUGUGUUGGAUUGUAUGGACUUGCUAAUAUCAGACCAGAGUUUAAAUUCUUAAAGGUUGUUCCCUUUUUAAAAAUAAUGUUACAAAUACAUUACCCCCCCCACACACACACACACAUAUUAGAACACGUCUGAACACGUUGAGACAUGGGAAGUAUAAUUUGACUGACAUGGGUGUAAAAGCAUUGCUAAAGUUAAACAAUAACAAUAGCAUUGCUAUAGUGUAUCAAGUAGUAUAUCAGUAGAGAGUGACUUAAUGUGUAAUGCACAAGAAAUAUAUCUCCAAGUACUUUGAGACUCUACUCUAGCAGGAGGUAGUCCUGCUUGUUCUCAACCAGUCUCAUAUUGUGGGGAUGCGAAAGGGGUCAAACCACGGGCUGUCAGGGAGUUCAGCAAAGCUGUAAUGCUCAUGUUGAUCCCUCAUCCCCUCACUAGAGACUGGCACAGUGCCCACCAAGCCUGCUGCACACUGCUCAGGGGCUAGGGGCCCUUUGGACACCCAUAGUGCUUUACAGAUGCAGAAGUAUCCUGCCAACAACAGCAGGCAUUUCAUAAUGUACUUUAUACUUUUUUAUUGUUCUGUGAAUUGACAGCAGUGUGAAUUAAUUUAGCCUUAAGUUUAAUAUAAUGUGCCUUUGGUUAUCAAUGCCAUUCAUUUCAUUUCAAACAAUGAAACUCCCUUCCACUUACUUUAAAAAAUGAAUGGUGAUUCUCUUACACAUGUUUGAGCAUCGCCCAAAGAUACUCCCAAAACCUCAUGAAAUGGGACUUGGAAGCAAGUGGCAGCAAAGAUGAGUGGUUUUACAUGCAGUUAUGGCCCUUUUUUUUGUUUUUUUCCCCCAAUGAUUUUAGAGGAGAUUUGACCUUUUUCCAGAAGGGAUGUCUUAGUAAGAGACAACAAUCACAUCAGAUCUAUACAGAUUUUUCUCAAGUAGAACAAGUGUCUUCACCACUGCAUUCAUGUUGUCUUAACAUCACAAGUAUUAAAGGAAAUCCAUUUGGUUAAUUUUAUUACUACAGAAAUAACACAUUUUAAAAUUUUACCUCAGACUGUUGUAAUAUUCUUGUACUUUAUGAAUCCAGGGCAUUUGGUACUUACCAAAGUGCAUUCCUUUCUGUGUUAGUGGCUAUGAGGGAAAAAAGCCAGAUUUUCUCUUUUUACAUUAUACAAUCUUCUGUGUAGAGGCAAGUACUGGGUAAGGAGGUUUGCGCUCUAUUCUGCAGUCACACAACCUGUUUAAAUGUCUGACAGAUGUAGCAUACUUCCAAACCUCUGUUGCUUGGUCAGAUGUAUCGCAGUGAAAACCCAGAAAACCAACAGCAAAUCAGUUGUCAUCCCAGUGUGCAAUACAGUGGUAGUAUUGUUUAAGUUGAUCGAAGUACUUGACUGAGAGUGAGAUUUUUAAAGGAUGUGCUUUUCACAACUUCUAAAUGUAUGCCCUAACUCUUGAAUCUAUCUACCCACUGUCAACUUCGGUCAGUCCUUUUUUAAACAAAUCUUUAACAAAGAAAUAAAGUUAACAUUUGUUUGUAUUCAGCCACAAAUGUAAUGUACAUAUGUGAAUUUGUUGAGAAUUGGAUGUGGUUGUGUACAUAUGUAUAAUGUUAUAAUUUUGUGAUAUGCUGCUGAAAACACUACAAAUAUUGCUGUAGUGGGGGGUUAAUAUUGGCGGCCAGUUUUAUGAUACUGUAUUGUACAGCUGAUUUGAAGAAAAGUUGUUGUUUUUUCUAGUGAUCAUUUGUUAAAUUUUUAUUGUUGUGG